CAGCUGGAAACGCGCUGACGGGAACCCAAACAUUUCAGGCUGCUACUUUUGUUCAUUUUUCACGGCUACGGUCCGUUUCCGUCGGCGGGGAGUUUCACCGGCGGUAGAUCGGUACGAUAGCUGCACGGCGGCCGUAGCUAACGCGCCAACCGACGACAUGAAGUCGGUUAAUCUGCGUUAGUUUGUUUCCGUUAGCAGCCGUUAGCGGCUAACCGUCCACUGUUAGCUAACGUUAGCCUGCGGAAACACAACAAAAACAACAACAGCGGAUCUGUCAAUAGCAGCUGACGGCGAGGCGUGAUGGGGAACCAGCUGGCGGGGAUCGCCCCCUCUCAGAUCCUGUCUGUGGACAGCUACUUCUCCGACAUCCACGACCAUGAGUACGACAAGAGCCUGGGCAGCACCCGCUUCUUCAAGGUGGCCCGGGCCAAACACCGGGAGGGCCUGGUGGUGGUCAAAGUCUUCGCCAUCCAGGACCCCUCGCUGCCUCUGACCAGCUACAAGCAGGAGCUGGAGGAGCUGAAGAUCAGACUGCACUCCUGCCAGAACUGCCUGCCCUUCCAGAAAACCUCCCUGACGGAGAAAGCUGCCAUCUUGUUCCGUCAGUACGUGCGGGACAACCUGUACGACCGCAUCAGCACCCGGCCCUUCCUCAACAACGUGGAGAAGCGGUGGCUUGCCUUCCAGAUCCUCAACGCCGUCGACCAGGCGCACAAAGCAGGCGUCCGCCACGGAGACAUCAAGACUGAGAACGUGAUGGUGACCAGCUGGAACUGGGUGCUGCUCACCGACUUCGCCAGCUUCAAGCCCACGUACCUGCCCGAGGACAACCCCGCCGACUUCAACUACUUCUUCGACACGUCCAGGAGGAGAACGUGCUACAUCGCACCGGAGAGGUUCGUGGAUGGAAGCAUGUUUACCACAGAAAGCGACCAGAACACACCGCUGGUGGACCUGACCAAUAACAACCAGAGGAGCCGAGGGGAGCUCAAACAGGCCAUGGACAUCUUCUCUGCAGGCUGUGUGAUAGCGGAGCUGUUCACGGAGGGCGUCCCUCUGUUCGAUCUGUCCCAGCUGCUGGCGUAUCGUAAAGGACACUUCCAGACGGAGCACGUUCUCAUGAAGAUCGAGGACCGAAGCAUCCGAGAGCUGGUAGCUCAGAUGGUGCAGAGAGAGCCAGAGAAGCGUCUGACUGCAGAGGAGUAUCUGAAGCAGCAGAGAGGGAAAGCCUUCCCCGACAUCUUCUACACCUUCCUGCAGCCGUACAUGGCUCAGUUCGCCAAAGAGACCUUCCAGUCUGCAGAUGAGCGCGUGCUCGUCAUCCGCAAAGACCUCGACAACAUCCUGCACAACCUGCGAGGAGGCUCUUCGUCUUCGUCUCAGGAGAGCAGCGAUGGCGCGCUGAGCUCCAGGGAGGAGCAGGGCCUCAUCGUGCUGGUGUCCGUCAUCACCUCCUGCCUGCAGACGCUGCACUCCUGCGACUCAAAGCUGGCGGCGCUGGAGCUCAUCCUGCACCUGGCUCCGCGGCUCGGCGUCGACAUCCUGCUCGACCGCAUCACGCCCUACCUGCUGCACUUCUGCAACGACCCCGUGCCUCGCGUGCGCGCUCAGGCCGUGCGCACUCUGGCCAAAGUGCUGGCGCUGGUGAAGGAGGUGCCGAGGAACGACGUCAACAUCUACCCAGAAUACAUCCUGCCGGGCAUCGCCCACCUCGCACAGGACGACGCCACCAUCGUCAGGCUGGCGUACGCAGAGAACAUCGCUCAUCUGGCAGAGAGCGCGCUGCGUUUCCUGGAGCUGGUUCAGGAGAAUAAUGUUAACACAGAGCAGGACCUGAGCGGCGAGGACACGGAGGAAACACUCCACCCCAACGAGAACUACGACUCCGAGCUGCAGGCGCUGCAUGAGAUGGUGCAGCAGAAGGUGGUGACGCUGCUGAGCGACUCGGAGAACAUCGUCAAACAGUCACUGAUGGAGAACGGCAUCACGCGACUCUGCGUCUUCUUCGGCCGGCAGAAAGCCAACGACGUGCUGCUGUCUCACAUGAUCACCUUCCUCAACGACAAGAACGACUGGCAUCUGCGAGGAGCCUUCUUCGACAGCAUCGUGGGUGUUGCAGCGUACGUCGGCUGGCAGAGCUCCUCCAUCCUGAAGCCUCUCCUCCAGCAGGGUCUGAGCGACACCGAGGAGUUCGUCAUCUACAAAGCUCUGAACUCUCUCACCUGCAUGUGUCAGCUGGGGCUGCUGCAGAAACCUCACAUCUACGAGUUCGUCAGCGACAUCGCUCCGUUCCUGUGUCACCCAAACCUGUGGAUCCGUUACGGGGCGGUCGGCUUCAUCACCGUCAUUGCACAGCACCUCAACGUGGCCGACGUCUACUGCAAACUGAUGCCUCACCUCAACCCCUUCAUCACCCAGCCCAUCAUCCAGAUCGAUAAGGAGCUCGUCCUGCUGAGCGUCCUGAAGGAGCCGGUCAGUCGCUCCAUCUUCGACUACGCCCUGCGCUCCAAAGACAUCGCCAGCCUCUUCCGCCACCUGCUGCUCCGACAGAAGAAGCGCGCCGGAUCCAUCCCAGAAUGCCCCACUCCCGAGGACCCGGCCAUCGCACAGCUCCUGAAGAAGCUGCUCUCACAGGGGAUGACCGAGGCGGAGGAGGACAAGCUGCUGGCGCUCAAAGACUUCAUGCUGAAAUCCAACAAGGCCAAAGCCAACAUGGGCGAGCAGAGUCACCUGGGAGAGGCGGCCCAGACCGGCGUCAUCGACCUGGCCCUGCUCGGCAUCACGGGCCGCCAGGUCGACCUGGUUAAACCCAAAGCUGAGCCCGAGGACAAGAGAGAGUUCAUCGCUGCAGCAUCUGCGAGGAAGCACACGAAGCAGGACUCAACGAUGAACGAGGAGUGGAAGAGCAUGUUUGGAUCUCAGGAGCCGCCCUCCGCUCAGCCCGCCACGGUUACAGAUGGGCCGGCGAGUCAGAUCAGGAAGACUACUGCAGCCCCGGCGGUGCCCGUGCUGCAGUCGGUGGCGAGCGGCCCCGCCUACCAGCGGCGCAUCAACACCUGCAAAGCGGAGCUGCAGCAGCUGGUGCAGCAGAAGAGGGAGCAGUGCAGCGCCGAGCGCAUGGCCAAACAGAUGAUGGAGAGCGCAGAGUGGGAGAGUCGACCUCCUCCGCCUGGGUGGCAUCCUAAAGGGCUGCUGGUCGCUCACCUCCACGAACACAAAGCUGCUGUGAACCGCAUCCGAGUCUCAGACGAGCACUCCAUCUUCGCCACGGCGUCCAACGACGGCACCGUUAAAGUGUGGGACAGUCAGAAGAUGGAGGGGAAGACCACGACCACCAGGUCUGUGCUGACGUAUUCUCGUAUUGGCGGCCACGUGAAGACGCUGACCUUCUGCCAGGGGUCGCAUUACUUGGCGGUGGCCUCAGACAACGGAUCCAUCCAGCUGCUGGCAGUCGAAGCAAACAAACCACCGAAAUCCCCCAAAGUUCAGCCCUUCCAGACCAGGUCUCUGGACCUGCAGGAGGACGGCUGUGCGGUCGACAUCCACCAUUUUAACUCCGGUGCCCAGUCGGUGCUGGCGUACGCCACCGUCAACGGUUCGCUGGUCGGCUGGGACCUUCGCUCCAACUCCAACGCCUGGACACUUCGCCACGACCUCCGACUGGGACUCAUCACCUCGUUCACUGUGGACAUGCACCAGUGCUGGCUCUGCCUCGGAACCAGCAGCGGCACCAUGGCAUGCUGGGAUAUGAGGUUCCAGCUGCCCAUCUCGAACCACUCCCACCCCGCCCGAGCACGAAUCAGACGCCUGCUGAUGCAUCCGCUCUACCAAUCGUCCGUCAUCGCAGCUGUCCAGGGGAAUAACGAGGUGUCCAUGUGGGACAUGGAGACAGGAGACCGUAAAUUCACUCUGUGGGCGAGUUCAGCUCCUCCGCUCUCUGAGAUGUUCUGGGACCUGGCGUAUCCAGAGAGGUCGUACAUCGUGGCGGGAGGAGCCAACGACUCGCUGCACUGUCCGUCUGUCCUCUACAGCAGGAAGAUCAUCGAAGGGACGGAAGUCGUACAGGAGAUCCACAGCAAACAGAAGAGCGGCGUGGUGGAGGACUCGCCUCGCCGCGGCCCAGAAUCCCUCCCUGUGGGACACCAUGACAUCAUCACCGACAUCGCCACCUUCCAGACGACGCAGGGCUUCAUCGUCACCUCGUCCAGAGACGGCAUCGUCAAAGUCUGGAAGUGAGGUCACGCCGAGGACACGCCAACAGUACACGCAAGCACGCACACACACACACACACACACACACUCACACUCACACUCACACUCACACUCACACACACACAUACACAACACUCACACAUAGAUGCUUUUUCUCCGUUCUCACUCAGAUGCGUCACGACUUGUUUGAGAAACGUGUAUGCACGUUUUUUGACACGUUUGACAUGACAUCCUUACUCGCCCGUUUGACCUCCUCCCAUUGGCUGAUUUUUUAAGAUGAGUUAAAGUCCCAUGAUGCCUUCUGUUCCUCCUCCGUCAUAUGUGACAGCCGACAGGUGUCACAGAGGAGCCUUUUUUGUUUUUAGCUUUUAAACGUGAUGGAUGGCGUCUUCAGCCCCCCCCACAAAAAAAAACAGAUUAUCAGCAACUGAACCUUUUUGGAACGAAAAUGACAUUUACACGAACACUUGCACUCGAUCUGUCUCCUCGUCAGUCGACAUCGUUUGUAAAUACUUUAUUUUAAAAUCUGAGUAAUAUAACGUUUGAUUUGAAACUUGUGUAAAAUAUCUAACGAUGCAUUUUGUUGCUGCAGAAAUGUUUGAGGCUGCAGAUGAACGUGUGACCUGCAUUUCACUGUUUGUCCAUCUGUUAAUAAAAAAGCAGCAAAAUUAAAAAAACUUCUCUUCA